AUGCAUCUGGUUUCAAUGGGCUUUGUUCAUACAAUUUCCAGUGAAAAUGCGGCUACAAGCCAAGAUCGGGCAAAUGCUAUUGUUUUAAUUCGUCACUAUCUGAACAUUCCUUUACAGUCCGAAUAUUUGACGAUUACAUCUCAGUUAAAACUCUGCGGAGAAAUUGUUACUGAGAAUGAUAAAUUGGGAAAGAAUUUCUCUAUCUUUCAUGCUUUUAAUGUUAUGCUGCAACAACAGUAUCGUGAGAAAAAGUUUCAAAAUCCGUUCCCUGAAGCGAACGUGACAUUUUCUGAACAAGGCCGAGGACGUGGUAGAGGCCGUGGACGUGGUCGCGGUCGUGAGAGUCAACGUGGUCGAUAUACCUUUUACAAUCGCCGCAAUUUUGACAUUAACAGGAUGCAGAGUAAACCCCAAUAUGACGAUAUAGCUGAAAAGGCUAAACAGGGAAAGAGGCAAAUCGGCAUUUGUAAUCGGUGUGGCAUUGAAGGUCAUUGGGCCAAUACCUGCAGAACAGCCAAACACCUAUCGAUUUUUAUCAAGCUUCACUGCAGAAAAAAGGGGAAGGAGGUCAAGACUAAUCAUGUUGAUAAUGAUGACGACCCUGAUGAUGAUUUUUUGGAUUACGACACAAUGCAUCUUGAUAUAGCGGAUUUUUUCGUAGAUCCAACAAACCCCCAGUGA